GUGAGAGUGGCAUUUGCUUUUUGUUCAUCUCAAAACAACAUGCUGCUCAGCUUUUUCCUCCUGUUCAUUUUGUGUGAGAGCACAGUGAAAUCCCUAACAUCAACAACAUGGCCACAAACCCGUUCAUUUACCACGGAAAUUUCUACAACUACAAAUGCAGUGACUGUGGAAGAAAAGCUUUCUCCUCUGCAAGUUGUGGCCACACCAGACUACCCAGUUGCAGCAGGUCAAAGAGUCGACCUGUACUGCAGCGCUUACGCCAUGCCAGACACCGUCAUGUGGACCUGGAAACACCUGCAAAAUAAGACCUGGCAAGAAGUGGGCUACAGUAGGGAUCUGACUCUUACCAAGCCAGAGCAGAGUGGGCUUUACCACUGCUGUGCCAAGAGCCAGUUAACUCAGAAGAAUGUGACGAGCCCUGACCACCAAGUCUAUAUCAUCUCCAUGCAAGCAACAGCUGCUGAGAAUUUAGGAGUAGCUGCCUUUUUCUUUUCUCUCCUGGCCUUGAUCAUCAACUUUGCUAUUCUCUUUUGGCUGGGCUGGCAAAGAUUUGGUCGCACACAGACUUCCUCCAAUACUGCGGCUAAAGGUUUUCCUGGACCUGAAAAGUCAUCAAAGGGAGGUGUGCAACAGACUGAAAUGGACGGAGAUGUGUACAUGAAUUACACGAACACCAGCCAAGACUACACUGAUCUGGACCCCAGCAAUGCCACUGUGGACAAUGUGUACUCAAGUCUGUCAUGAUGGGAGGGUGGAGUUGUGCAAUAAAAUGACAAAGCAUGUUAUUAGGCCGCAGAAUAUCUGUCUCUGUAUCUAUAGCAUCUCAGCCUUUAACCUGAUAGAUGAGGUUUGCCAUAUAAUAUAAUAUAUACAAUAUGUUGAACACAAUCUGAAUGUGGAUAGCAUGAAGAUCUGAGGCCGUAUUCACAAACAUUUGGAGAAUACUAUCAGAGAGCUCCUAACUUAGCCUAAAAUCUUUUUAGUAAGGAGUCUUGCUGCAGACCCUACACUGUAGCCUACGCACAUCCCCUACGCUGUUGUGAGCAUUUAUACUUGUGUAGUGGUGUGUCUGUGUCAGUUUGCAGUUACACUUCCAAAUCACAAGUCAGCGGCAGGGUUUCUGUGAAGUGCUGUAAAGUUUAGUUGAUUCAAAACACACAUUAAACACACACUAAA